AUGUCGGCAUUCAGCUGGAUAUUUUCAAGCACACAGACACGCAGGAACCGCUGCAACAAGCACGAAAUGUGGUUAGUUGCUAAAAACAGUUCCCUGCUGUCGCCUGAUCUGACGCUGAUCAUUUUGCAUAUUUCCUUAAGAAAUUUAAGGGUGUUGGGGUCCAUCGGGCCAAGAACCUCGAUGCAUAUUGGCAAGAAUUCCAUCGAGGGGAAGGCGUUCCCAUAUUUUUUCAUUUUCUCGUCCGCUGCCCUGGCCGCGGCCAAACCGCAUUCUUUACUUGUCAGGUUUACGUAUCGUUCGGCGAGGGUGCCAGGGACCGUAACAUCCCACGCCAAACAUCUGCCGGCUCUCCAAGGUAUUAGUGUGCAUCCAUCCGGGCGCCUACCAUCAUGCACAGAAAUGCCGGAUGGUUCCUUGAGAACCGGGAUUGAAGCCUUGGAGAAGAGCCGACAAAUAGGAGAUAGCAAAAAAACGUGGACUGCUCUGAACGAGUUAAAAAACGGAAAAGACAUAAAACCCGAUAGUAUACAAAAAUUAACAAAUGAAGAAAUUGAAAUACCUGACCCAGCAAAUGCUUUAAAUAACUAUUUUGUUCAAUUAGCACCGAAUUUACUGAAGCUCAUUCCACGGAAUUCUCACUGGAAGAAUUACUUCAAGACAUUUGUUUCCAACUCGUUUUUUUGUAGAUACGCAACGGCUGAUGAGAUCAUUGCAACAACAAAAUCUUUGAAACAAAAAACAUCAAGUGGCUACGAUGACAUACCAACAAAAAUUGUCGUCUCUACAUUCUACUGUUCAAUAAGAAUGAUAAACAGAGUAAAAUCAAUUUUGCCAAAAAACUGUUUGAAUCUUCUGUAUAAUUCCCUGUGCAUUCCGUUAAUAAACUACUGCAACAUUGUAUGGGCUUCAUCGUACCACACAUCAACCUUACCAAUAGAAAUAUUAAUCAAAAGAGCAGUGGUCACACUCGAUGAGUUUCUGAAAAGAACUCUACUGUGGUCAUCCUGUCUUCUUCCUAUUGAUAUAAAGGGGAGAGAAUUCUUUUUUUCUCUUUUUUUAGAUUAA